AUGGGUCUGCGGGAUACCAUACGCAAUCUGCGGCCGGAUAGUCCCGGUCGGGACAAGACCAGCAUCGAGUUGCAGCAUCGGAGUCCCAGGAGUGGAUGUCAUCACAACCAGGUGGCUGCCCUUCAGGUCACCGAACAGUCGCUACAGGUAUGGCGCGCACUGCCCGCCGAAAUUCGCCACGAUCCCAGCAUGGCCAGUUUUCAGAUGGAGAACGAACGCAUUCAUGGUUCCUCCGCCGGAGCCUCUGACGACGAGGAUGAGGAUGGCUACGAUGAGGUCGAAAUAAAAAACUCCCAUCGCAUUCAGGACGAGCCGUGCUCCAGUUAUGCCGGCUCCGACUUUCUGGACAUUAAGGUCAGGCCAGGUGAUGAGAAUGCCACCGAUGACGAGGCCACCACCCAUUCCGACCACGAAGCGGCCAAUGGACCAGGGAAUGCCAAGUCCCUGGCCCGCCGCAUCCAUCACAAAUCCAAGCGCUCCAAGGAGCAGCGACAGCGGGACAAAUUGUGGAAACGGGGUGGUCUGCUGCUCUUUUGGCUGCUGGCCGCCGUAGUCCUAAUCUCGGUGGGCGAGAAGCAUCUGCUGGAGAAGACAAUCGAUGUGCCGCAGGGCGAGAAGGGAAAGUUUUUUAAGCUAAUUCAAAAGCCCACUGGUGACUUUCGCUUGAAGAUCCAUGGCGCUUUCAGGGAGCUCUCCACGCUGGAUGCCCCUGAAAAUGAGACUUUGAGCUUCGGAUUUCUGACUGUGCAGCCGCAGGUGUCCACUUACGUUGGCGAGAAUCGCAGCAAGGUGUUUCAGGACAUUCUCCCCGCUUGGCGUUUGCCUCUGCUCAACGAAGAGGAGUUGGUACGUGCUCCGGCCACCGGGAGUAAUCGCACCUAUCAGAUGACCCAGGAACUAAGUGAUUUCCUGGCCGAGAAGGACAGCGAAUUCCGCUUGCAUAUCCACAGCGAUGUGGAGACGGACUUGGCCAUCAUUCUCAACUACAAUCCUCUGAUAGUGAAUGCCAGGACGGGCAGUAUCCUGGCUGGUUUAAUCCUGCUGAUCUUCUAUGCCCUGCUGGUGUGGGAACUGUUCGAAAGAACCUUUGUGGCCAUGAUCUGUUCGAUUCUUUCGGUCACAGCACUGGCCUGCUUUAAUGAUCGUCCCAAUAUGGAUGAGAUUAUCCAGUGGAUGGACAUGGAGCUACUCACUCUACUCUUUUGCAUGAUGCUGCUCAUUUUGAUACUGACGGAAACAGGGGUUUUCGACUACCUAGCCGUUUUUUGUUUCGAGAUUUCGGGUGGCAAGAUAUGGCCCAUGAUUUAUAGCCUCUGUUUGGUCACCUGUCUGGUGUCCAGUGUGCUGGACAACAUGACCACCGUGCUGCUCCUGACCCCCGUGGCCAUCCGUUUGUGCGAGGUGAUGCAGCUGGAUCCCCUGCCCGUGGUGAUGGGCAUUAUAGUGCACGCCAAUAUCGGAGGAGCCCUUACGCCCAUCGGAGAUCCCAUCAGUAUUAUAGUCAGCACGAAUCAUUUCAUUGUGGAUAAUGAUGUAACCUUUCCCACUUUUGUGGCCCAUACUUUCCCUGGAGUUCUCCUAGCUGUCAUCCAAAGCUGCGUUUAUCUCCGUCUUUUCUAUCACAAUAUCGAUGCACUGCGUCUCAAUGAGCCCAAGGAGAUGAGUGAACUGAGGAGGGAGAUGAAGGUGUGGCAGAGGGCCCUGAAUGCCGUGGCCUCCUGCUCCAAGGAUGCCCAGUUGGUCAGGGGAACGCUUCAGGGGAAAGUUAAGCAGCUCAAGAGGACGAUUAGAAGAUUGCAAAAGGGCGUGGGAUCCUCGGAGGUCUACACCAACACGCUGGAUGAGCUUAAGCAGAAGUAUCCCAUCAAAAACAAGACGCUGCUACUCCAAUCCGCUGGAGCUUUGAUGUUCGUCAUCAUAUGCUUCUUUAUCCAAUCCGUGCCCCAUUGGAGGACCCUGCCCCUCGGCUGGGUGGCUCUGCUGGGCGUGAUCCUGCUGCUGAUCAUCCUGAAUCGCGACGACAUGGAGCACCUGAUGCACCGCAUCGAAUGGACCACGCUGCUCUUCUUCGCCGCCAUGUUCGUGAUGAUGGAGUGCGUGGAGCGGCUGGGGAUCUUCUCGUGCAUCGGUGAGCUCACCGAGCAUGUGAUUCUGUCGGUGGGCAAGAGUCAUCGCCUGGCCAUGGCCAUCUUUAUGAUACUGUGGAUGUCGGCGCUGGCCUCCUCCAUCUUGGACAGUAUUCCGGUGGCCGCCAUGAUGGUCAAGUUGGUCACGUCGCUGGUGGCCAAACCUUCGCUGGGUUUGCCACUUCAGCCACUAGUUUGGGCCUUAACCCUGGGCGCUUCGAUGGGCGGGAAUGGAACGCUCUAUGGAGCAUCGGCCAAUGUCAUUGCAGCCGGAAUUGCUGAGCAACAUGGCUAUAAGCUCUCGUUCACCCGGUAUUUGAGGACUGUUUUUCCCAUGAUGCUGGGACAGAUCACCCUGAUGACUAUCUAUCUGUUGGUGGCCCACGUUGUCUUUGAAUGGCAUUAAAAAUCCCUCCGUAAUUAAAACCCCCCAAAGUCCCUAUUUAAUAAUAUAUUAUUAUACCUAAUCUAAUUGCUAAUUUUUGUGAAUUUUACUGUAGACGUUGUCCUUUUUGCAUUCGCCUCUUGAUGUGUUUAUUGUAUUUUGGCAUAUAUUUUAAGAAUAUCUAUAUAUCUAAGCGUUUAUUUGUGAUUGGCAAAUGUAUAAAAAUAUACAAGAAAUAUUGAAGUACA